AUGUCAAGAACAACAACCACAACUUCUUCGCCUGUUGUUUGGAUUUAUUCCAAGAGACACUUAACGACGAGUCGUCGAAUCAACAAUCCCUUUCGAGUGCUUGGCUUGCCACCCAAUGCAUCCUUUGAGACCGUCAAGAAGACCUUUAUCCAAUUGGCAAUGCAGCAUCACCCUGAUACCUCUAAUACUACUACUACUACUACUUCAUCAUCGUCACCAGCAUCCUCCUCUUCUGAGACAUCCACCAACGAAUCAUCAUCAUCAUCAUCAUCAUCAUCUGACAAAUUUGUAGCCAUUCGAGCUGCUUUUGAACAAAUUCGCAAGGAACAUGAUCGACGCCAGUUUCACAACAAGCCACCCCGAGAUCAUGAUGAUGAUGAUGAUGGGGAUUUGUUGGAGCAUACGGAAGAAGACUUUUUGGAUUGGUUCCGCGAUUUGACAGGUGUUCGAUUAACUUCCGAUCAGCGACGAGAAAUGGUCCACUUGUAUUGGAAACAACACAAACGCAAUGGAGGUAGACACAGCCACGGUCAUUCGUGGGACCUUGCCCGACGUUUGGUGUCCUUGCAAGACGUAUUUUUGCGGAAUCGUGGAAAGCGAAACCCAGCAAUGAACACUGAGGAGACUGCUGCUAAUGCCUUUUCCACUGGACCCAAACUGCGGAGGAAGCGUCCAACGAGACGGUAG